AUGGGCGCUCUUCUCUCUAUACCGCUCCUGUCGGGAGGUCUUGUCUCGGGCCUCUUCACCUCUUGCAUCACAGGUUUGGCCUUCUUCUGCACUUCCACUGCCGCAUCUGCCUUCUUCAAGGCGUGCAACUGCCAGUCCUCCAUUGCCACUCGUGUGGGCUUUGCACUUAUCUUCUGUCUUGAUGCUGCAUUAGCAUGGCUCUCGCUCAACCGCUAUAUCAUGGACAAGCUCGAGUCUUGGACAUGGAACUGGCUCAAGAUGGACUGCGAGACCGACAAGAACCGUUGUUACGGCGUCCUUGCUGUGCACAGGAUCACAUUUGCGCUAGCCCUUUUCCACUUCAUCCUUGGCAUGAGCCUCAUCGGCGUCAAGGAUACUCGAGACAAGAGGUCAUCCAUUCAGAAUGGCUGGUGGGGACCCAAGAUUCUAGGAUGGUUCGCCCUUGUCGUCCUGACCUUCUUCAUUCCCAAUGGCUUCUUUGCAUUCUGGGCCAAUUGGGUGGCCCUCCUGCUUGCUACCGUCUUCAUCCUCGUUGGUCUCGUCCUCCUCGUCGACUUUGCUCACUCGUGGAGUGAGACGUGUCUUGACAGGUGGGAGGAGACUGACUCCAACUUUUGGAAGUUCACACUGAUUGCCUCGACUGGAGGCAUGUAUGUGCUGGUCCUGGUCGGCACGAUUCUUCUAUACGUCUUCUUCACUGGCUCAGGUUGCGGUCUCAACACGUCCAUCGUCACCGUCAACUUCAUCUUCGCAAUUGCUUUGACAGGGCUCUGCAUCUCUCCAGCUGUACAAGAGGCGAACCCGCGCUCAGGUCUGGCUCAGUCAAGCAUGGUGGCAGCAUACUGCACGUACCUGAUUGCCUCUGCCGUCAUGAACCGUGACAAUGAAGCAUGCAAUCCCAUCACGCGUGGCCGAGGCGGACCAGCCAAGACGACGACGGUGGCAUUUGGAGCUAUCUUCACCUUCCUAGCUAUCGCUUACUCGACUUCCAGGGCAGCUACGCAAUCAGGCAAGCUGGUAGGCAAGGGGGCUGGCAGGAAGAGCGGCCCCAUUGCACUGGGAGAUGGGCGGCCUUCUGGCUAUGGCCCUCUUGCAACCGACGAUGGUGGCGAGUCGGGUACGAUCACACAGCAGCCUACAAAGAAGGACUCUCUGAGGAUCCAAGCCCUCAUGGCCGCUGUCGAGGCUGGUGCAAUCCCCGCCAGUGCCCUGGAUGAGGGCGACGAUGAUGACGAUGACGAAGAGGAUGGAUCUGGCAAUGCGGGCGAAGACGACGAGAGGAAUGGUACGAGGUACAAUUAUUCUUGGUUCCACUUUGUCUUUGCCAUUGCCGCUUGCUAUACCGCAAUGCUGCUGACUGAUUGGCGCUACGUCAGGCUAGGAGACGCUUCCCCAGACCCAGCAGAAGAUGGCGCUCCGGUCGUCUUCAUUGGCCGCUCGGUGACUGCAAUGUGGAUGAGGAUAGUGUCCUCGUGGGUCUGUGUGCUCAUCUAUGGUUGGAGUCUCGUUGCGCCUGUGCUACUCCCAGAUCGAUUUGGUCUCGAUUAG